AGCCCUAGUCGGGCUACUUCCGGCGGAACGUCACGUGCCUCCCUCGCUUCCGCCCCUCCGCGCGUCCCAGAGGCGAUAAAUCUCCCGGCGUCCCCCGCGCGCUUCCUUUCCUUUCGGACCGCGCGGCCAAGAUGGCGGACACGCAGACGGAGAGGGCGUACCAGAAGCAGCCCACCAUCUUCCAGAACAAGAAGCGGGUGCUGCUGGGGGAGACCGGCAAGGAGAAGCUGCCCCGCUACUACAAGAACAUCGGCCUGGGCUUCAAGACCCCCAAGGAGGCCAUUGAGGGCACUUAUAUUGAUAAGAAAUGCCCUUUUACGGGUAACGUGUCAAUUCGUGGCCGUAUCCUGUCAGGCGUUGUCACCAAGAUGAAGAUGCAGCGCACCAUCGUCAUCCGCAGGGACUACCUCCACUACAUCCGCAAGUACAACCGCUUUGAGAAGCGUCACAAGAACAUGUCUGUGCAUCUGUCUCCUUGUUUCAGGGAUGUGCAGAUUGGGGACAUCGUGACCGUGGGCGAGUGCCGCCCCCUCAGCAAGACCGUCCGGUUCAAUGUCCUCAAGGUGACCAAGGCUGCCGGCACCAAGAAGCAAUUCCAGAAGUUCUAAAGUCUGUCCUGCGCUCUCUUGGAGAUGUACAAAUAAACCUUUUGUAAAGUC